AGAGUGAGGAGGAGCGUAAUAGCACUCUUUCAGGUUUUGAAAGACACCGCACAUCUCGGAGCAUAUUUUAAGCUCUCUGUGUUUGAUUUGUGUGAUUAUCUUCACAUGGAGAUCAAUGAGAGCAAGAAGAAGAGGAAGAGGAGUGAUGGUGAGAAAGAGAAGAAUGAAGAAGCAGAAAUGCAAAUCUUCUUUGCUCUCGUCGACAACAUCCGCGAAGCUCGUCUGCGAUUGAUGAAUGGCUCAAAUGUUGUGUUGAAUGCGGAUAAGAUGGAUCAGAAUGAUGAUUACAGAUCAAACAAGAAGAAGAACAAGAGGUUGACAGAGGAAGAGGAAGAGGAAGAGAAAGAGAAGGAGAGGUCCAAACAUAUAUUGUUGAGUAGUGCUGCAGUUUGGAACCCGUCAUUGGUACUUCAGCGUCAAGAUUUACCGGAAGAGGCUCAGUUUAAAAUCCCUACUUCUCAAUUUAGUAAACAAGGUGCGAAAGGAAAGAGUAAAGAUUGUACCUUAGAUCUUACGCUUUCUCUUUGAAUUUCUGUGUAUUAUUAAUAUUUAGUCACUAAUACAAUAAUGAUGAAACUGUG